AUGGUCCCUGCGGAUGAAGUCGAAUCGGACGCCGAAUCCAACGCCUCUUCCUCAUCUAGCGCCUCAGACCCUUCUUUCAUCAACGUCGACUUCGACUUUCUCCCGCCCAACCCUAGCCUCGACGAGCCUGCGAUCCGCAGACUACUUCGUCAGCUCUUCUACACCCACGCAGAUGCUCUCGACCUCUUCAGCCUCAGCGACUACCUUUGCUCUGCUCCGAAUGGGGUAGGAACGGUACUCAAGGUUGAGGGUGAUGAGGAGCAGGACCCUUUUGCAUUCAUUGGCGCAGUGCAGCUUGGUGCGAAGGAGAGCGAUGAUGCAACGAAGAAGGCGAGCAAAUUGGCGACCGACUAUCUGGCCAAGCAUCUUCCAUCCGACUCGCCCGUCAAGGCUCUGCUCAGCCAGCAGGACGCGCGCCCCUACCUCUACCUGCACGAGCGCUUCAUCAACCUCCCUCCUCAAGUCGCGCCCCCGCUCUACCGACUGGUGACCGAGGAGCUGGCCGCCUCACUAGAAGGCAAGGAGAAGCCGACUCACGUCCUCUUCUUCUCUCGCGUCUUCUCCAGCGAGGCGUAUUCCGACGAUGAGGAUGACGGCGAGGAUGAGGAAGGGAGCAAACCCGGACCAAUGAAGGUAGACGGUGAGGACGACGAUGGUGACGACGACGAUAAGCCUCGCGGCAUGCGUGGCUCAAAGGCCAAGGCCAAAGCCAAAACCGCUGCCAUGAAGAAGCGCCGCACUGCUCCGCACUCGCGCGAUAAGGGGGAGCGUCUCCCUCUCGGCCAUUUCAGGCCUGAGGACCCACUCCUGGCAAAGAUUCCUGGAGCCAAGACGGGGACCUUCAGGUUCCCGGCCCCGCAGAAUGCACAAGAGGGAUUCGAGAGCCCUUUAUUCGGACAUGUCAUCGCGCUGAAGUGGGAGGAUGUUGUAGGAGGUGCGCUUUGGGAGAAGUUGGGUGAGCAGUUGGUCGGGACCGAGGGCGCGCAGCCUGCUUAG